AUGAACGGAUUAUACGACAGUCAAAAUAAUCAGAAAACAGAGGGAGUCUUGAGCUCAGAAUUAUUUGAUGACCGAUACAUUGUUUAUAGAAGAGAUCGCUCAACUUCGGGAUUUCAUAGUGAUAAAAUCGGGGGCGGAGUCUUGGUGGCAGUCGAUAAAAGACUAAACUCUCGACGACAUAAAAAUUUUGAAAGUAAGUGUGAAGAUCUCUGGGUUAGCAUUGACAUAAUCAGCUGCGAUAAGAAGAAAGACAGGCUUUUGAUCUGCGCUGUUUACCUUCCUCCACCAGUGAAAACAGAAAUACUAGACCAUUUCAUACAUAAUUCAAAUCAAGUGCUGGAUAAUAUAAAGUUCAAACUAAUCUUGGGUGACUUUAAUCAGAGUAGUAUAGUUUGGAAUGAAGGCACAUUGGUAGCUCACCGAUCUGGGACGGUUCUCUGUGACAUGUUGCUCGAUUUCAUUGAUUUACAUGGUCUCAGACAAUUCAAUAAUAUUCAGAAUCACAAAUCAAAGAUUUUGGAUCUUGUUCUCAGCAAUGUGUCUGUUGUCGGUUUCUCUAGUGGGGACAAUGUUCUUAGUGUUGUGGACUCUUUGCAUCCCCCACUGGAAUUUGUAAUCUCCAUCGGAUGUAGCAGAGCUGUAAUAAAAAAUCAAGUGCGGCAAAGCUUUUUUAAAGCCGACUACGACAAAAUUAAUCAAGAACUUGUAAGAGUGGAUUGGUGCGGUGAGCUUAGGGGAGACCUUACGGUGGACGAAAUGUUGGACAUUUUUUACGGAAAAAUAUACGAACUAAUUCGUCGUUUCGUCCCCUCGCGAAAGGUUUCAAACAGAAAGUAUCCGGCUUGGUUCACCAAAGACCUAAUAACGUUGCAGAGAGAAAAAUACAGGUACCAUGUAAAAGUUAAGAAAUUCGGAAACCCACGCGACAUCUUGAGUUUUCAGUUACUUCGCGAUAGAUGCUUGAGGCUCCAAUCCUACUGCUAUAAUAACUACAUCGAAAAACUUGAGAGUAGCUUAAAACAAAAUCCAAAGCUUUUAUGGUCACAUUUGAAAUCAAAAAGACUGGACAUUCAUUCGUACCCUAGCUAUGGUGGAGUUGGCACAAAUAAUUUUCUCACCUGUGCGUUCUCAAAAAGGGAAAUUUUAAAGGCACUGGAACACCUGGAUCCUUUUAAAGGUGCAGGGUCUGACAAGCUACCAUCAAUAUUUAUUUCCAAAUGUGCUGGACCUCUCUCUUGUCCCCUUGAAAUAAUUUAUAAUGCGUCUCUUCGUAGCGGUGUAUUCCCGUCUAGGUGGAAAAAUGCUCGAGUCGUCCCAAUAUAUAAGUCUGGAGAUAAAAUGUUGGUUUCAAACUACAGGCCGAUUUCUAUAUUGCCUACUUUAGGGAAAGUACUGGAAAAACUUCUGUGUGGACCGCUUACCUGGCACCUGAAGCACCACAUGUCCUCAGACCAGCACGGUUUUCUACCUAAAAGAUCAACUUGUACGAACCUUGUCUCGUUUGCUGACGAGCUGGCGGUGUCUGUUGACUCUGGGUCGCCUGUUGACGUCGUUUACACGGACUUCAGUAAAGCGUUCGAUCUAGUAAGUCACCCUAUUCUAUUGGACAAACUCUCGCGAUUAGGAAUUGGCAACAAUAUUCUUAAAUGGUUCAGCUCAUAUCUGGAAGGUAGAUCGGCAAAUGUUGUUUUGAAUGGCUUCACCUCCAAUCCAUACUUGACCCCGACGGGUGUACCGCAGGGAUCGCAUCUUGGUCCUAUAUUAUUUAACAUCUUCAUAAACGACAUCCCCAACAACAUCCGUCACUCACACUGCCAUUUAUUCGCGGAUGACCUCAAAAUCUCUAGAUGUGUUAAAAGUCGGCGCGAUUCAUUGUUUCUUCAGGAGGAUUUGGAUGGCUUGGCGAGUUGGUGCAACAAAAAUCGGAUGACAUUAAACGUGAACAAGUGUAGCGUUAUAAGGUUCUCCAGGCAUAGAUUAAGGAAAGACUGUGAUGAUUAUGAAUAUAGAAUUAACAACGCUCCACUUAAAAGGGUUGAAACUAUACGUGAUUUGGGAAUCACUCUGGAUAGAUGCUUGCGCUUUGACACGCAUUUUAAUGCCAUUUCUGCUAAGGCUCUUAGAAUGCUUGGAUUCAUUCUGAGAAACACAAGGGAAUUUAAACAGAGUGACACUAUUAUUUUACUAUAUAACGCAUUAGUCCGAAGUUCCCUGGAGUAUUGUUCUGUUGUAUGGAAUCCAGGCUACAGGGUUCACAUAGACCGAAUCGAACGAAUCCAGAGAAAGUUUUUACGGAUUCUGGCGUAUCGCCAGAAUGUUGGAUAUCUGCGAGAUUACCGUAGUAGGCUCGAACAUUUCAAAAUUACUUCGCUGGAGGAUCGCCGGCGUAUGCACGAUUUAGUAUUUUUAUACAAACUAAUAAACGGCGUACUUGAUUGCCCUCAACUUCUGAAUAAGUUAGAUAUUUAUGUACCCACUCGAAUACCGAGACAUGGUAAAUACAAGCCUUUUGCAGUGAAACGCAGCUAUACUAACCUAGGUUCAAAUUCUCCCAUAAAUAGACUUGUGCGAGAAUACAAUAAACUAGCUACAUCCACUCUGGAAAUUGAUAUAUUUAGUGACAAGUUGACAAAAUUCAAAAAAGUAAUUAAAAUUAAUGACUCAAAUGAUGUAGUAUAA